AUGGCGUCUGCACCUGAUACCGAGUCAAUUCCAGGCUAUACAAUCUUCCGCGAGGGAGACUAUGAGAGUGUCGCCGCUGCUGCCAUGCUGACCGACCGCAUACCCCACCCAUUAGACCAGCUUUCUAUCAAGGAAAUUCCCGAGGCGGCAAAGAUCAUUCGCGACUAUGCCAGCCCUAAAUUCCUCAAGUUCAACUGUAUCACACUCCGGGAACCCCUUAAAGCAGAAUACCGGGCAUUCCGUGCUGGUGCCAUUCCAGCUCCCGCACGUCGUGCUUUUGCUAUCGUCAUUGUCCAUGAAACCUGCCAGGUCGCCGAGGUGGUGGUCAACCUUAACACCGGCAAAGUCGAAGAAUGGAAGGAUGUCCACGAAGUUAUGCCCACUCUCACUCUGGAGGAUCUUGAUGUUAUGGAGCGCAUUUCUCGCAAGGAUCCUCGCGUCAUCCGUGCCUGCAAUGAGAUCGGUAUCACGGACAUGAGUAAGGUUUUCAUCGAUGCUUGGGCCAUUGGCAUCGAUGAGCGCUGGGGGUACGAGCACCGCCUCCAACAGGGUCUGGCUUAUUACCGCAAUUCCGCAUUUGACAACCAAUAUGCCCAUCCGCUGGACUUCAGCGUUGUAGCCGACACUGAGAAUGAGAAGGUUCUUAGCGUUGAUAUCCGAUAUGUGAAUGGUGAGCGCACCGCUGCGCCUCUCAAGGAACACAACUAUCUCCCCGAAUUUAUCGGUGAUAAGUACAACCAUGACCGCCUCAAGCCUAUCGAUAUUACCCAGCCUCAGGGUGUGUCGUUCAAGGUACGCGGCAACGAGCUGACAUGGGCCAACUUCAAGAUGCACAUCGGUUUUAACUACCGAGAGGGUAUCGUUAUCUCCGAUGUACGCACUCACGACAUGUACGAGGAACGCGAGCGUACUCUGUUCAAUCGUCUUUCUGUUGUCGAGAUGGUCGUCCCCUACGGCUCUCCUGAGAAGCCCCACCACAAGAAACACGCUUUCGACGUUGGCGAGUACGGCACCGGCUUGAUGACGAACUCCCUCAAGCUGGGCUGUGAUUGCAAGGGUGUCAUCCACUACAUGGAUGGUAUCAUGUCCAACUCAAAGGGUGAAGCCGCUGUGGUCAAGAACGCCAUUUGUAUCCACGAGGAAGAUAAUGGUCUCCUCUACAAGCAUACCGAUUAUCGCGAUGGUACAGUGAUCUCCGCUCGUGAUCGCAAACUGAUUGUCUCUCAAAUCAUCACUGCCGCAAACUACGAAUAUGGCUUCUACCACACCUUUACUCUAGAUGGCACUUACAAGUUGGAGGUGAAGCUUACCGGCAUGCUCAACACCUAUUGCAUGCACCCAACUGAAACCGCCGCACCUUUCGGUACAGAAGUCGCCCCCACCAUCAACGCCCACAACCACCAACACAUCUUCUCUCUCCGCAUCGAUCCCGAAAUCGACGGCCAAAAUAACACCGUCAUCCAAAGCGAUGCUGUCUCUUCCGAGGCCGCGGUCGGCUCCCCUGAGAACCCCUACGGCAAUGCCUUCUACAGCAAAAAGACUCCCCUCCGCACAUCCCUCGAGGGCGCCGCAGACUACUGCUACGAAACCAACCGCACAUGGGACAUCGUCAACCCCAACCGCAUCAACAGCAUCUGCAAAAAGCCCGUCGCUUACAAGAUCCUGAACAACAACUGCCCCCCAUUACUCGCCAAACCCGGCAGCACCGUUUGGAAGCGCGCUGCCUUCGCCCGCAAGCCCCUCUGGGUCACUCCCUACAAGGACUACGAGCUCUUCCCAGCCGGUGAUUACGUCUGCCAGUCCGAUGGUUCUGAAGGACACCCUUACAACUCGACCAUCGUCGACUGGGCCAAGCGCGAUGAGAACAUCGAGAACACCGAUAUCGUCUGCUACAUGCAGUUCGGUUUGACGCAUUUCCCACGUACGGAGGAUUUCCCUGUCAUGCCCGCUGAGCCGGUCAGCAUUAUGCUGCGUGCUUCAAACUUCUUUGAGAAGAAUCCUGGUCUUUGGGUGCCGCCUUCGGCUAUCUGUGUUGAUACACAGUCGAAGAAUGCGUUCCCAUCAUCUUGCUGUGCACCGAGCAAGUCCCGCAUGUAA